UUGCUGUUUGCAUUGUGAAUAGUGUGAGUUGUGAGAUGUAUUUAUGAUUAUGUCCCGGAAAUUUGGUAAAAAUUAGUGUUUACUCGUUAAUACUAAUAUGUACAAGGAAGAGAAAAACAAUUAUUGAUGAUUCAAUGAUGUAUUUAAAUCCAAAACGUAAACUUUCAGUUCUAUGCGCUCUUUAGUUUAGUAAAAUAGUGAAAAUAAAUUGGCAACAAUGGCAACUGGCGGAGAAAAGAAAAUCUCUUUCAGUUUUUCGAAAUCGAUAAAGAAACCUAUUAUUAAUAAAAGUACUCCAAAGGAGACGAAACACGACUUCAUCGAAUGCUUGGAUGAUAAAGCAAUCAAAGUUUUAGGCGGUGUGGAAAAAAAGAAUGAACCUCUCGUUAUUCCCAUGCUGGGUUCAAAAACUUGGCACGAGAGAAUAUUACACAAAGUCAAUGCGGACAUUUUUGAACCAAAAACAGAACCGACGACAAACGGAGAUUUGAAUAAUGUUAAAGUGAAGCAAGAAGUGAUUGAAGAUGCUUCCGGGGGCACUGUUGAAACGUUUCCAAGUGGUCCGGAACCGAUGGAACUGGUGACUGUAAAAGAAGAAAGACCCGAAGAACCGGCCACAACUUUAGAGGAGCAAGCAGCUCAAGAAAUUCUACGAGAUCUGCAAAUGCAAGGCGAAAGAACAGAGCAAACCAAUAUUCCGGUUGUUCCUUUGCCAGAGGACGAAUCCUUAAUUGGAAAAAAGGAAUCCACACUCGACGAUUACGAACAAGUUCCAAUUGACAAGUAUGGAGAGGCAAUGUUACGAGGAAUGGGAUGGCAACCAGGCAAAGGAAUCGGUAAAAAUGAAAACAUGGCGCAGCGUACACCCACCGAAAUCUCGCGAAUUCUUCGUGAACAUACAGAACGAGUCAACUAUUUGGACGAGGAAAGCGAGGAUGAAAUUGAUUUCAUACCAGAAAAAUCGAACGAAUCGUCAGAAUAUAGUAGUUUUUAUGAAAGUGACGAUGGAAAUGAAGCAGAGCUGGAGAUACAUAAGAAUGACGCUUCGCGUAAGAAGAAAUUCCUUUAUGGAGACAAGAAGCACAAUUGGGCAACCGAACUUCCAGAUCCUCUGGGACAAAGUUCAAGGCCGGUAGAUUAUAUACCCAGAAGAAAAGGUGAUACACCUUGUGAAAACCCCUAUGAAUUUUGGCAUUUGUUAUUUACUGAUGCGAUGCUCGAUCUGGUGGUUCAGUACACUAAUGCAGAAAUCGAGAAUUAUCGCGUCUCAAACGAAUCUGCAUAUCCGCCGGCGCAAUCAGCAAAUGUUACCAAAAUCGAAAUUCAAGCUUAUAUUGGCUUGUUGUAUUUCGGAGGGUAUCAGAGACAAAGUGACGUUGCGGUCGACGAACUCUGGUCGAACGAAUUUGGCAGCAAUUUCUAUAAAAGCACAAUGACGGAAAUGCGGUUCAAGUUUAUAUCAUCAAAGCUGCGUUUCGACGAUAAAAAUACGCGGAAUUUCCGUCGAGAAACUGAUCCUCUUGCACCGAUUCGCGAAUUAUGGGAUUCUUUUAUCGGAAACUGCCAGGCCAAUUAUAUAGCCUCGGAUUCUUUAAUAAUUGACGAGCAAUUACUUGAUUUCCGAGGAAAGUUUUCAGCACGAGUUUACCAGAAAUCGAAACCUGCAAAGUGCGGCAUCAAAAUUGUCAUUUUGAAUGAUGCUAAAACGUUCUAUCUUUACAAUGCCAUCCCCUAUAUUGGUGGAGAAAGUGUGGAAUUUGGAGAGUCUAUUUCGGAUUAUUAUGUGAGAAAUUUGUGUCAGCCAAUUUAUGGUACCAAGAGACACAUUGUGAAGGAUGAAUUUAAUUUGAGCAUGCCCGGGAUGGCGGGUAGAAAUAAAACAGCGAAAAGGAAGAAGUGCAAUCAGACGAAAUCGGAAAGCGGCGUUUUCGAUUUUUCGUGUCGCUCAUUCAGUUGCGCUCGUAAAACUCGUCGUUGGACUACGCGUCUUUUCAUGGGGAUUUUGGAUCAGGCGGGUGUUAAUGCCUGCAUUCUGUAUACUUUUCAAUUCGAAAAUUCAGUGAAAGAUCGGCGCCAAUUUCUCCGAGAAUUGAUACUUGAACUGGUUACACCUCAGAUGAGAACUAGAUUGAUGACAGCAAAUCUGCCGAGAAGUCUUUUGUAUAAUAUAAGAUUUAUACUGAAGGAACCCGAGCAGAAGAUGAAUUUGAGUGACAAACUCGAGAAAAGAAAGCGAUGCGCUAUUUGUGAUCCGAAAAAAGAUCGGAAAACGAAGCAAUGUUGCGUCCAGUGUAGGUUGGCUGUUUGCGAAGAACAUCGUUAUACGUGUUGCAGAGACUGUUUGUAAUUAUUGGGAAUGGUAGUCUACCAUUUCGCCACAUGGUGCCGAAAAAUGGAACUAGAAAGAGUAGGUAAAAUUUUAAACAUGUAUUUUCAUUUGUGCAAAAGUGUUUUUACUAUUGUUUUGUGAAGUAUAAAAAAAUGAUUGAAUACAAAA